AUGGUAGUGGUCAUGUUAGUGGUCUUGCCUCUCCUAUUCAUGGUUUCUGCCGCUCAAGCGCUUCAGGUGCCGUUUGGAAUAAAAAACGACAGGCCAGAAAGCUCAGCUUCAACCCUAAUGGCUCCAGCCGUGAAGUCUCCGAAGGUCUUUAUAGUGUCGAUGUUUAAGCCAGAGGAAGAGGUUUGGACAUCACGCAUGAAUUUUGAACAUAGGUUGGAAAUACCAGGUCUUGCAUCCACAUCGCCCUAUAUCAGAUGCACUGAUAACUAUGAUAUAUGUCAGUUCACCACAGGAGAAGGAGAGAUAAAUGCUGCUGUUUCUAUGGCAUUUCUUGUUUCAUCGCCUUUAUUUGAUUUGACUAAAACUUACUGGUUAUUGGCGGGAAUUGCUGGUGGGGAACCGUCACAAGUCACCACGGGAUCGGUGACGUUUGCAAGGUUUGCAAUUCAGGUUGGACUACUGUUUCAAAUCGAUUCCAAGGAAUUAUCGGAAUCCUACUCCAACUGGACAUCUGGUUAUUUUGCAUAUGGGACAAAAGAUCCUUGGACUUAUCCUAAAGCAGUAUACGGGACAGAACUGUUCGAAUUGAACGACAAUCUUAGAACCCAUGUGAUGAAAAUCGCAGAACAAUACACUGGUCAAUUAAAACUUGGGGACACCGAUAAUCAGGCGCUUCGCAAACUAUACAACUAUCCACUGGCAAACUCUCCACCAUCUAUCAAGGCAUGCGAUGUGACUACUAGUGAUGGAUAUUUCACCGGCGAGGUGCUCGCAAACUACGUUACAGAUUACUCACACAUGCUUACCAAUGGCACAGCUGUGUACUGUGCAUCGGCACAAGAAGAAAAUGCCACUCUUGAGGCGUUUCUUCGAAUGGCCACGGCCGGGCGCAUCGACUUUCUGAGAAUUAUCGUAAUGAGGUCCAUCUCCAACUUUGCGCGGAGCCCCGCGGGAAUGGACCCAUUAGAUUUCUUUUUGCAUUACCCCAAAGGAGGCUUUGACCAUGCAUUAGAUAAUCUCUACAUUGCAGGAUGGCCUAUCGUUCAAGAUAUAGUGGAUCGCUGGGGUUCAGAUUACAGAGAUGGCAAGUACGCGGCUCUGAAUUACGUUGGGGACAUUGUUGGUCGUUUGGGGCAGAAACCGCCAUACGGACGCAAGAAAUACGGAGUUCAUUAA